UUCGUGCACGUCAAACAUUCAGAGAGUAUUCGUCAACGAGGUGUGUGCCAUUGACUUUUGCUUGUUGAGAAAAUAUCGCAUAAUGUUAAAAGCGAAAGUAUUGACCGAAAUUCUCGCUCAGGCCAAUUCCGGAGGUGUCGAGAACACACUAUUGCUAAGUCCGGAAGGUGCGUUAUUAGCUUAUUCUGGGUAUGGGGACCGAGACGCUCGCAUAACAGCAGCCAUAGCCAGUAACGUUUGGUCAGCUUAUGAAAAACAUGGUCGGAAUGCCUUUCGAGAAGAUCGUUUAAAUCUAAUUUUACUCCAUUGCGAGAAAGGUCAAGUCAUCGUUACCCAGGUCGCUAAUAUCUUGCUAUGUCUCUAUGCAAAAGCGAACAUUGGACCAGGACUCUUAAAAGAAAAAACAUUAGCUCUGUCAAGAUACCUCGAAGGCCCUUUGAAGCAUAUAUCAUCAUCAUAAACUCAAACAGUAUGAAUUGUAUACAUACAAAUAUGUCGGGGAAAUGAUGCAGCCAGUUGAAUUGAAGAAACAAAUAUGGCCCCGUUGGGUUAAAUUCAUGAAUUAUAAUCUAUAAAAAUAAUUUUACAUAUACUGUAUACACUAAUUUUUUUUUCUAUUUGAUUAAUAGGUCAGUGAGUUCUUAAGAACAGACAAUGAUAUCAAAAGCUCAUGAUAAUAUCAUAUUAAGAGCCAAUUUUACAAUUCAGCGUGCAAAACUGUUGAGAUCAUUGUGAAACAACCGCUUCUAGAAAUAUCCUAUAGGCAUUUAUAAUAUUCGGUAAAUUGAUAUACUCUGUCAAGACACUACCGCUCCGAUUUGUUGUCCAAUCAUUACUUUACCAGUAAUUACUGGAGCGGGAAUUUCAGGGCAGGAUGCUGACGGAAACUUUCUAUGUCCAAUUGAAUGCAGCCCAGAACAGGCAAGUGGGAUGAAGCCCAAUUUUCAACUUUGGAGGCAGAAAAAUACUUGGUAUAUAUCUGAGUGUAAUUAUGAGGUGUUUCCAGCGAUUAAUUAUUUGAAAUAACAAAAAACUUGUUUUUUCUUUUUC